AUGCUUUCUCCUUAAGAAUAGGCAAGCAAACUUGUUACCUCUCCUAUGCAAAUCUAGGAAAAGCAUUAAUACCAUUAUGAUAGAAGAUCAACUAAUGAGGAUAUUAUUCCUGUUUCGAGACAAGCAUCUGACUAAUAGUUUUUCUCGCAAAAAUCUGCAAACAAAAGAGUUAGUGCAGGUGAUAUUGAUAUAAGUAUUGAAUUUCCUAAGCCUGACUAAGACAUUUUCAGUUAAGAACAUUUUUCUUAAAUAAAUGAGGAAUCAAAAGAGAUAUCAACCUAUAGGAUGAAAAGCAAUAAAAAUAACCUAUAAGAACAGUAAGACACAAAGCAUUUACUUUCAAAUCAUUAAACAGUUCCAGAGGUGUAAGAAUCAAUGCAGUAAAAUAAUUUAAAAUCAAAACAUAACACAAAUUCACUAUCUGAAUCAUAAAUGAACUCGACUAUUGGUAAUGGAGGGGGAAUGGGUUUCUUAGAUUUGAUGAAAUAAGCCUAAGAGCACUUCUAAGAUGACCAGUAAUAGCAUGAAACUGCUUCAUCUAAUAUUGAUGAGUCAAUUAUGAAUGCCUAUAGAGAAGUUGUUCCUAAAACUCAAUUUGAAGCACUUAAGAAUGAAAAUGCCAGGAUACGCAGAGAUUUACCAAGUAUAAAAGAUAACUUAGAAAAUAUGAAAAUUUAAACAAGGAAUGUUGAGAAUGAAGUAAAUUUCCUUAUGGCAGGAGUUGAAAAUACAGAAGAGAUAAAAUAAAAUUAUGAAAAAAAAGUUAAGUAGUUUGACAAUGAUAUUGAAAUUGUAAAAAGGAAAAUUGAUCAAGCCGUUCUAGACUAUACUGAUUAAAAAAUAAAAACAUAAAAUCUUGAUCUAGCAUUCAAAAGGAUAAUGAACACCCUGAUCUUGAAUUGUCAACAGAACAAAAAUUAAAUCAUGGACGACAAUCUUAGACAGCUAUUCAAGGAACUGAAUAUAAAGGAUAAGCAGAAGUUUUAAACUCCAGUCUCGACAACUAAAUCCAGAAGAUAAUUAUCCAAAUAAACUAUAGGUUCAAGCUUCUUAGAUGAAUCUAAGCUUAGUUUGAAAACAGUUUAGGGUUAUAAUGUUAAUGAGGCAAUGAUUGCUAAAAUUGAUAACUUAGAAAAAGAACUCAUCAAGAAAAAAUAUGAACUGCAAAUAGUUAGAAAAGAUCUCUACAAUAAUCUAGAAAAAGAUCAAAAGGAGAAACUAAUUCAAGAUUUGUAGAGAUUUGGAGAAAGCGCAGUAACUGAACUAGUGAAGGUAUUUACUGUUUAGGAUUCUAAAAAGCAACCUAAAAAAAUGGAUGAGAUCAAAUCACUACCCACAAAAGACUUUAAAUCAACAAAAAAUUCUCAAAAAAGCUGA